GCUCGUAGUCGCGCAGAACGACGUCCAUAACGUUUAAACUCCGCUGGGGUGCCGAAGCGUGCCGCGUGCCUGCAGCAUCCAUUAACAUUUGCUCACCCAUGAUGCGUGAUGGCUCGCCAAUUUAUUGCUGAAACAGAACGCCUCCCAGAUCACGCCCAUGUAUUGCUCAUAACAACUGGCAGCGUAGCAUCCAUCAAAGCUCCUCUCAUUGUCUCAGCGCUUCUUCAAUACCAAAAUAUCAGAGUAGAAGUGGUUGCGACCAAGGAGUCGCUCGCAUUUUAUGACCCUGCAGAUGUAGUCAAUGCAGGCACCCGCGUGUGGACCGAUGAGGACGAGUGGUCGGGGUCAUACAAGAUUGGAGAUCCGAUCCUGCAUAUCGAGUUGAGAAGGUGGGCUGAUAUUGUUCUUGUCGCUCCCUGCUCGGCGAAUACGCUCUCAAAGAUUGCACACGGACUCUGCGACAAUCUUGCGACCUCUCUGCUUCGUGCGCUGGCACCUACGACACCGACUUACGUAUUUCCGGCGAUGAAUACGCUCAUGUACGAGCAUCCGCUCACAGCAGAACAUUUGCACGUCGUGCGGGAUGUUGUGCGCUACGAAGUUGUCGGGCCAAUCGGAAAAAAUCUUGCCUGUGGGGACGUUGGACUCGGUGCCAUGACGGAAUGGCGUGAUAUCGUGGAGAUAGUGGUGGAUCAAAUGAAACUCGUUCGCAAAGACAACGAAUCAUAAAACUCUACAAGUCUAAUAUUGGUCAAAUCUACAAGUAUUCCUUCUUCUUUGCGAAUACAUGUAUAUGUGCUAGUCCACGAACGCUUUGUAUCCUCUGAAAAUGCUCAGCGUCUGAUGCAGCGUAGCCAGAGUCACUCACUGGGGGGUUG